AUGCAAAAUAACAGAAUAAACAUUUCUAAUUCUUCAACUGAUAUUUCUCAUUCAAAUCAAACAUCAAACGUUGAAAGACACUCAUCUUGUUUACAAACGCACAGAAAAAAAAUCAUAUACACGAUAUUUGCUUGUGUAAUUAUUAUUAUGAUUAUAUUAAGCAUAACAAUGCCAUUAGUGCUUCGUGCAAAGAAAACAACAGAUAUGUCAGCGUCGACAAGUGUAGAACCAUCGGCGUCAACACUUACAGGAACAUUAACGACAAUAGGCAUUCAGUUUUUAAGCAUUUAUUCAUCAGCCUUGACAUCAUCAAGUGCAUUAUAUGUUCGUGCUAAUAGUCCUUGGCCAAAUGCUGGAUUCCGUUAUGAAGCUAUUCAAGUUCAUGUAGAAACAACUAGUCGUUAUACGAUAUUUUCAAACAGCACUAUGGAUAUACAUGGAUACAUUUAUAAUGAUACGUUCAAUUCAUUAUUUCCAUAUAAAAAUCUCUUUUUAGAAGACGCAGAUGCUGCUGAAAAUGAACAAUUCAAAUUUACAAUAGAUCUUCAUCGUCAUAUAAAAUAUAUUAUCGUUGUAACAACAUAUAAAGCAGCUACAACAGGAACAUUUUCACUGAUUGUACAUGGGCCAUCAUCGGCUUCUCUUUCUUUAGAUAUCUACCUUGAUUUAGCUAUAACUAAUGUACCAGAUAGAAUUCAGUGGUUAUUCGAUGGAAAUUUAAACGAUGUAUAUAACCGUUACAGUGGACGAUUGAUAGAAAAUAGGAAUAGUACUAGAUGGAUGUCUCCCGGUUAUACUGGUUAUGGAAGUGCUGCUUGUUUUGCAUCUAUUAACUAUAUGAUUGUUAAGGAACGUAUGGAUUUAAGUUCGACUGAAUUAACUGUUUCUGCUUGGAUAUGGCUUCCAGACAGUCUUUUAUCAGAAACGCAUUUUUUCCCUUUAUUUACUUAUUGUGCAGCACUUGGGAAUAACAUGUGUUUAUUAAUGGUUGUGAGUAAUAGAAAACUCGCUUUCGAUUUCGGCAAUGAUGUUUUAUUUGGGAAUACUGAAUUAGUUAUCAAUCAAUGGCACCACGUUGCUUAUUCCUAUGAUCCAGUGUCAUUACAACAACAUGUUUAUGUCAAUGGAAUUUGCGAUGGGAGUCGAAUAGCUAACCGUCGAUUUCAAGGUACUGCAAAUGCUGUCGUUGUCGGUGGGUUACCGCUAAUCAGUCAAAUAUAUCCUCUGAAUGGUUUUAUUGAUAAAUUGACAUUUGAAUCACGUGUUAAAAGUUCUGAAGAAAUUCUUGAAGAAGCAACUCUUGUUGCACAUUAUCCAUUUGAUAAUUCAUACAAUGAUACUGGACCAAAUCAAAUGAUAAAUAAUACAUUUCUUUCAACAAUGUUUGACUCCAAUGGUCGAUUUGAUCAAUGCUUAUUAAUUAAUUCAACAGAUUUGUCUUAUUUUCAAACAACAGGCUUUUAUUAUCUUGGUCAAAAUAACUAUACAUUUUCAUUUUCCUUAUGGAUUUAUCCAUUUAUUACUAAUGGAACUAUUCUUCAAAUUAGUUCUAUAGAUGGAUCAUGGUGUGUACCAACAAUUGGCUUCGAUUCUUUAGGUCGUCUAACAAUUCAAACAUUUGGCAUGAAUGGGAUUUAUUCAAGCUCACUCACCUCAGGAAUAAUCUCAUUAAAUCAAUGGACUCAUAUAACGAUGACUUAUUCAACACUGAAUGGUAUUCAACUUUUCGUUAAUGGAUCAUUUACAAAUGAAAAUAACAAACAACGUACUUAUUUAACUAAAGGUUCAAGAUAUACAAUUGUCGUAGGAACUUGUCUUUCACCAAGUAUUUGUUCUAAUGGAAUAACACAAAUUAUUCCAUCACAAUUUCGAGGAAAAAUUGAUGAACUGAAAAUCUUUUCUCGUGAAUUAUCAUUGAAUGAAAUUGCUCAAUUAGCUCAAGUAACAACUCCAUACGAAUAUGAUUCAUCUAGUUUAUGGAAAUUUGAUAAUAAUACUUUGGAUAGUAUAUCAAAUCUUCACGGAAUACCUAUCAAUUCACCCAGUUAUGUUAUAUCUGGUAUUGCGGCUAAUGGAUAUGCUUUGCAAAUCAAUCGUGAUGAAGGGCAAUAUGUAAAAAUGUCAACAACUAAAGAUUUUGUUAAUGCCAGUUUUACAAUUGAAAUGUGGAUAUAUUUAAGUAAAUCAACGGAUAAUUUUAUAUUUGGGCUUCUCACUUACAAUGAUCUGCUGGGAAAAGGUCAUCUUUUACAUUUAGCGAUAAUCUUCAAUCGUUUGAUAACGGGAUCCCUAAUUCAUAAUCUUCAAUGCAGAACCCAAUUAGAAAUAAAUACUUGGUACCACCUUGCUUUUGUUUAUGAUUAUCGAUCAAGAUCAGAAAUUAUUUAUUUAAAUGGAAUUCAAGAUUGUCGUGGUGAUUCAGCUGGACCAUACCUAGGAAGUAAAGGUGAUAUAUAUAUUGGAACAUUUCAGAUAUAUAAUAUAUCUAAUUCUUUUCAUGGUCUUAUUGAUAAUGUUGCAUUGACUAUGCGAACGAAAAGCGAUUUAGAAAUUCUCAAUGAUGCUACAUUGAUGACAUGGCAUUCAUUUGAUAGUGUAUCAUGGAAUGAUUCAAGUUCAUUGGGAUUAAUGGCAACAGUUAAUAAUGUCUACUUAGUCACGGGUAAAGUUAAUCAAGCCAUUCAUUUGAAUUCAAGUUCAUCCUAUUAUCAGAUUUCUGCAUUCGCUUUAUUUGGAAUUUCUAAUCAGUCGUAUUCAAUAUCAUUAUGGAUUAAACGAAAUUUCACAGGUGGAGGAGUUCUUCAUCUUUUGACACAAGCAAGUGGAGCAGGACAAUGUACUACUCUUAUUGGUUUUCGAUCUACCGGCGAAAUUGUCGUUAUUAAACGUGGUUCUACGAAUAAAGAAAUAGUUGGUUUAUUGUUACCUAUUAAUAUGUGGACACAUAUUGCUAUUACUUAUUCAUUGAGAAAUGGACUUAUUCUUUAUAUUAAUGGAAUGUUUUACGAUACAACAGGUCCGAUAUCUUAUAUAGGUUCAAAAGAAAUGAGUACAUUGACAUUGGGUAAUUCAUUUGAUGGAAAUUCAUGUUAUCGAGGAUCAAUUACUUCAGACGCGUUUGUUGGAGAUAUAGAUGAGUUUCGUGUAUAUUCUCGAGAAUUGAAUACUAUGGAUGUUUAUAAACUGGCGAAUCCUUGA